AUGUCCCUGGAUACCUACCUAGCUAUCGAAGUUCAGUUUGGGUACAUUCUAGAAUCAAACAUGUACCUCGGCUUCGCCUACUUGGCAGUAGAGGGAACCUCUCAGGUCAGGUUGACACGCCCUGUGAUGCAUGUAGUGCACACAUAUCGUCGCCGUUUGGGACUGACUGGAUCCGGCCCGCAGCGCCCCGACGUGUCAAAUACUUCCAGAACUUGGUUCAGAUCCAGAACUUCAGAACUCUACACUAGAUUCAGAUUCCAGAUUCCAGAACACCUCCGGAAAUUACACACGGGGACAUGUGGGGACCAAAACCAAAAACACCGGGAUCACGGCCUUUCUGGAAAACCUGGAAUACGAUACCCAACUGUUCCGGACGGCCCGGGGAUGCUGGUCCAGCCGAAGAAGUGA